AAUUGGAAUGACAAGAAUUGCAUAGAAGAUGGUAGUUCUCCCAUUACUACAUACUGCAGAGAAACAACCAUAAACAGAAGAAACACUGAAGAAAUACAUCCAUGACAGGCAUUUCUGGUAAGUGCUAAGAUUAGCUAGACAAUAUAUGACACGAAUGUACUAACACGGGGUCAUUAGAUUCAUAAAUACCCAUAAUGCAAUUCUCUAUGGUGUCUGCCAUUUUGGUGGCAGUGAUCUCUGGAGCCAUCUAUUGGCAAUACUCUGAAGGACAAAGACACUCAUAUAAACACAGAGCCCGGGAACAGAGACAGAGAGAUGAAGCUCGGGCAAGAAUACCAAAUCAACGGCAUCAUAAAAAACAACAUAAACGUAGUGACAAGCCUAAUAUAGUGAUUGUCAUGACAGAUGAUCAAGAUUCUGAGUUAGGUUCAAUGCAGUUCAUGCCUAAGACACUGAGACUUUUAGAAAAAGAAGGGGCUCAUUUUGAGAAUGCAUUUGUAACAACUCCAAUGUGUUGUCCAUCUAGAAGUUCUUUCCUCACAGGAAUGUAUGUACAUAAUCACAACACAUAUACAAACAAUGAUAACUGCUCCAGUAUUUCCUGGCAGCAGACACAUGAAACCAGAAACUUUGCCACAUAUUUAAGUAAAGCUGGAUAUAGAACAGGAUACUUUGGAAAAUAUUUAAAUGAAUAUAAUGGAACAUAUAUCCCACCAGGCUGGAGUGAAUGGGUCGGCCUUGUCAAGAACACUAGGUUUUAUAACUACACACUCAAUUUUAAUGGACGUAAAGUAAAGCAUUUUGAUAAUUAUUAUAAGGACUAUUUUACGGAUCUUAUUGCAAAUGACAGUGUGACGUUCCUGAAACAGUCAAAGCAGUAUUUCCCUAACAGGCCUGUUGCCAUGGUACUCAGCAUGCCUGCCCCCCAUGGACCAGAAGAUGCUGCCCCGCAAUACCAGCAUUUAUUUGAGAAUGUUACAACUCAUAGAACUCCAAGUUGGAAUGUUGCUCCUAAUCCAGACAAACAGUGGAUCUUACAGUACACAGGCAAGAUGGAACCUAUACAUAUUAAAUUUACAGACAUGUUACAAAGGAAGAGACUACAAACGUUGCAGUCUGUAGAUGAUGCUGUGGAAAAGGUCUAUGAAGAGUUGAAGAACCUUGGUGAACUUGACAAUACAUACUUCAUAUAUACAUCUGACCAUGGCUACCAUCUAGGCCAGUAUGGUUUGUUAAAGGGGAAGGCUAUGCCAUAUGACUUUGAUGUCAGAGUGCCAUUCUAUGUCAGAGGACCAGGAAUCCCCAAGGGCACAAAGGUGCCAUCUAUAGUAUUGAACCUUGAUCUUGCCCCAACUAUACUUGAUAUGUCCGGCUCAACCGUACCACCCCACAUGGAUGGCAAGUCAUGGCUAAAUUUAUUUGAUAUAAAUAAAAGUAAUGGCAAAAAGAAGAAAAAAGUGUGGAGAGACACUUUCCUUAUAGAAAGAGGGAAGAUUACAAAUAAACAGAUUCAAGAGAGAGAGAAGCUGGAGGCAGAGCAUAACAACAUGGUGGGCAAAAAUGAACGUUUGAAUUUAGAGUGUGCAAGAGCGGAAUACAAGCCUCCUUGUACUGCCAAACAGCAAUGGGUUUGCAAGAGGGACAAUAGAGGGCGUAUGCGCAUGUCAAAGUGUCGUCAGGCUGACAAGGCAUUUAACGAGGCAGUGCCAAAGUGUAAUUGCGGAAGGAAGUAUCAGUCACCUGAUAAGAUAAAGAACAGAAAAGACAAGAAAAAGAGAUUGUUUCAAAAACAACAUGUUAAAGACAAUCAUAAAUCUAGAUUUCUAAAGAAAAAGGCUUUUGAAAGGCGAAGAUAUAGACGAUAUAGAAGAGAUGAGAAGAGAAUUAAACGUAGUUUAUUAGACCUACAGGACCUUGAAAGGACUGCAAGGUUUAUGUUACAAGACCAAAGGGAGCAAAAAGACCGAAAGAAGCGUGACACUAGUGCUCUUGAUGAUCCUUUCUCAAUUAAUGAAGAAGGAGAAGAAUCAGGUAGUGAGGUUAUUGAUGUUGAGUUGAAUGCAACAUCUACUAGCAACAAAGAGAAAAAUGAAACCGUGGCAAAGAAAUGCAGAGUGUUGAACAAUGACACGGUUGUAUGCAAGAAGAAAGUGCUAAGUGAGAUAUUUAACAAUGAAGAGUAUGAAAAGUGGAAGAACCAGAAAGAGAAAAUUGAUAGUCUAAUACAGGAAUACAAGGAGGCACUUGAUAAAUUGAAGGAUGUUAGGAAAAAAAUAUUCAAGGAACAGAAAGUAUUUUUCUGGGAUACUGAAUCUGAACCUGUAGCUGUUGAACCCAGUACUGAGCCUCCCUCAACUACAAUUUCCGAGUCUACCACAGAGAUCACCAUUGAGGAGAAUGGUGGUGUCCAAGAUUCCAAACAAGAAGACCCAGAAUGCAAUUGUGAAGAUUACGAUUACGAACUUGAAAGAUUUACUGGAGGAGAUAAAGGGACAGCUUUUUCGGAUGAAUAUUCCAGUGACUAUGUGGAUACUAUAGAGAUGAGUCCGUUUGAUGGCAGAAGACAGCAGAGACGCUCAAAACGACAGCGCCUCAAGAUGGAGAGACAAAGAUUGCGAGAGGCAAGAAAGCGUGAACGUCGAAAAAAUAAAAAGAAAGAUCCUACGAGAGAUUGUAAUGCUCCUAGUAUGAACUGUUUUACUCAUAACAAUCAUCACUGGAAAACUGCUCCACUCUGGAAUUCCACUAAAUCGAAAAAGCAUCCCAAAUGCCAAGGGUUUGGUCUUGAAUGCCAUAUAAUGAGUGAUCGUCAUUGGAAGGUUUCUCCCCUCUGGGACAGGGGCCCAUUCUGUUUUUGCUCUAACUCUAAUAACAACACAUACUGGUGUCUGAGGACCAUCAAUUCCACCAACAACCAUCUCUAUUGUGAGUUUAUCACUGGCUUCAUCAGUUACUAUGAUAUGUAUAAGGACCCCUAUCAGCUACGUAAUGCAGUGCAUGACUUGAGUUACCCAGUCCUUCAACAACUUCACGAGCAGCUUAACAAACUACGGAAAUGCAAAGGUGCCAAGGAAUGUACAGUGCGGAGCAAACAGCCUGGGGAGGGCACUACUGUAAGAGGGCGCAGAAUGUUGAAACCAUUCCACCCAGGGGGCAUUGAUUUGUUGUCAUAGCGACAUGUGUUGUCAUAGCAACACAGAGGUGCCAAUGAUAUUUUGAUGUGAACAACAGAGACAAUGAUGAAGGCAGUGGAGGUAGUGGAGAAGGUUCUGGAAAUGACAUCAAUGAAUUGCCAGAUCUUAUUGGGCCUACAAUCCCCUUCACGUUAGACCCAGAUUUUAAAUCAAUGUAUGAUCUCAAUAAUAGGUUACAAAUUAUUGACAACCAUGAUUGGUAAAACAGAAAAGCAAUCAAUGUCGUAAGCUGAGCACAAACUAUUUGGAUUGUAUGGUGGUGUAAACUUUGAAGUUGAUGAUAACUACCCAUUACCAUGCCAAUGCUACAUGGGCCAUAUUAUUCUGUAUAAUACUAGAUGCCAUGAUUGUAAUCAGAAAAUCCUAUAGAUGCUAGUUUCUGGUUAUCUCCACAGAACAUUGAUAUUAGGCUAAGGCUAUAUACUAUCAAAUUCUACAUAUUUCUAAGUAUAUAGAGACUGAUCAGAAGUUUAAAAAUGUUUUAAACACGUUUUAAUCAUGACCUUGUACUGUAGUCAUUGGAUUCCUAGUUUUUAAUUUUAUAUUCCUCUUCUAAUUUUGUAUCUAUUCAUCUUAACGAUAAAGACCGACAGAUCAGUCGUCAGUUUUUUCGUAAACCCUUCUUCCAUUGAUUAUGGUUGGGUAUUCAGGAUGAAAAUCUAUAGAGGAUCACCCAUUUGUGAGGACAUGUAUAUGUUUAUGUCCUUGUUUCCAUGACAAUUUGGUUUAAAUUUAUAUCUAAAAAGCAGAGAAGCCAGAGGAUAACAUAUAGGGAUAACACACUUUAAAUAUCACCUAUGUGAAUUGUAAUUCUAAUCAGAUGUACAAUAAGUUCAGAUGUACAAUGUUUUGAACAAUCUGAGAAUUAUUUCUUUCAGUUACACAUUUCACUAUAUUGUGCAAAUGUUAUUUUAAACACAUGGACUUUUUGGAUCUUUUUUAAUUUUAUGAAUUUUAAUCCUGAAUCUCAAUCAGAAAUUUAUCUUUAUAUUCUCAUUAUAAGUAAUAUAUACAAUUAAAAUGGCUAAUGUGUACUUAAUAUGAUAGUAAACAAUAUUAACUGAUCAUCAUUAGCCAAGUGUGUGUGAGCACUUCAAAGGUAAAACUUGACAAAUGUGUUCAGGUGUUUGAAAACAAUAUUUCCAAAUAAAGUCUAAAACAUAUGUGAAAUGUCUGAAUGUACAAUGCAAUUGCAUUUAGAACAAUGCAAUUCUAUUGAUUUUGGAAUUCUGGAACUAAUAAGCAUCUCUGACCUCAUAUUGUCAUAUUCACAAUGAUUAUAAUACAUUAUAUAUCUGUAUAUAGUCAAAGGCAUAUCUCUUUAAAUGCAUAAGAAGAGAGACAGAUUAUAAAAUGUGCAAUAUUGUCUUUUUAAUCUUCACAAGAGUUUAUUAUGAUUUGCUGAGAUUAGUUUACAACGCAAGUGAAUAUUUGUACAAAGUAAGUCAUAUCUUUGUUUCAGACAAAUAUAUACAGGGUGUCUCUAAAAA